UCUGACCUGGUCCGCAAGUGCGCCUGCGCACCCCGGGCAGGUUCGCGUUCUGAGACUGUAGCCUCCGCGCCUCGCGCCACUGCGUCGCGGGUUCGAAGCCAGGGUCUGUGUGUCGCGGGUUCGCAUCCCAAGCGCGAUGCUGUUCGACAAGGUGAAGGCUUUCGUGGUGCAGCUGGAUGGCGCGAGCGGCGGCGCCGAGCCGGUUUUCAGCGGCGGCCAGGCCGUCGCCGGCCGGGUGCUGCUGGAGCUGGCGGGCCCGGCGCGCGUGGGCGCCCUGAAGCUGCGCGCGCGGGGCCGCGCCCACGUGCACUGGACCGAGUCGCGCAGCGCGGGCUCGAGCACCGCAUACACGCAGAGCUACAGCGAGCGCGUGGAGGUCGUGAGUCACCGUGCCACGCUGCUCGCGCCAGACACAGGAGAGACCACGACGCUGCCUCCUGGGCGCCACGAGUUUCCAUUCAGCUUCCAGCUGCCUCCGACACUAGUGACGUCAUUCGAGGGUAAGCAUGGCAGUGUCCGGUAUUGCGUCAAGGCCACCUUGCACCGUCCCUGGGUCCCUGCCCGCAGGGCAAGGAAGGUAUUUACGGUCAUUGAGCCCGUGGACAUCAACACACCCGCCCUGCUGGCCCCUCAGGCCGGAGCUCUAGAGAAGGUUGCCCGAUCCUGGUACAGCAGCCGUGGUCUUGUCUCCCUCUCCGCCAAGAUCGACCGAAAGGGUUACACCCCAGGCGAGGUCAUCCCAGUUUUCGCGGAGAUCGACAAUGGCUCCACGCGCCCCGUGCUUCCUCGGGCAGCCGUAGUCCAGACGCAGACCUUCAUGGCUCGGGGCGCCCACAAGCAGAAACGAGCGGUGGUGGCCAGUCUUGUGGGCGAGCCUGUGGGCCCUGGGCGGCGGGCGCUGUGGCAGGGCCGGGCGCUGCGGAUCCCCCCUGUCGGUCCUUCCAUCUUGCACUGCCGGGUCCUGCACGUAGACUACUCCCUCAAGGUCUGCGUGGACAUCCCCGGCACAUCCAAGUUGCUCCUGGAGCUACCACUGGUCAUCGGGACCAUCCCCCUGCACCCUUUUGGGAGCCGCUCAUCCAGCGUGGGCAGCCAUGCCAGCUUCCUGCUGGACUGGGGGCUGGGAGCCCUGCCAGAGCGCCCCGAGGCCCCUCCCGAGUACUCAGAGGUGGUGUCUGAUGGGGAGGUGGCGGCCGCGGGGCAGAGCCCCUUUCCACCACUGCAGGACACCAACCUGAGCCUCGAAGGCCCCUUCUUCGCCUACAUCCAGGAAUUCCGCUACCGCCCACCACCCCUGUACUCCGAGGAGGAUCCAAACCCCCCCCCAGAGGCCAUGAGGCCACGCUGCAUGACCUGCUGAGCAGCGAGGGGAGACCUCGAGGGAUGAGGUCGCACACGCGCUUCCGGCCGCCAUGGACGCGGGCGAUGCUGGGUCAAGAGCUGACCAACCAGCUUCAACUUGGCUGUGUUGAAGUUGGGGACUCCGAGUCUCAGAACAGGCACGGCUUUCUGACAACACGCAGGACAGAGGAAGAGCCGGGCAGGAGUCUGAUAUAUCCGGACCGGUCCUCGUGAGGCAUUGAGUACCCGUCGACGGAUCCUGUCGGUCCACACUGGGCCAUGGAUAGGGCUCGGGUCCCCCAGGAGCCUCUAGUCUGGGGGAGAUGUAGCCAGACAUAAAUACUUCCAGUCUCGUGGGACCAGAGGAAGAGACCCAGGGCUGGGAGAGUCCCGAAGGGAGCAGAGAAGGCUUCCUGGAGCAAAGGGCCUUCGGCUGAGUCCUCGGCAUACAAACAACUGCUCAGCAGGCAGACAGGCAAAGAGGAAGAAGAAGUCGGAGAAGGUCCGAGCUGAGUGAUGUUGGAGAUCACCCCCUUUGGGGCUUAGAGGGCAAGUGCCUCAGUUGAGGCCCCAUGGCAAGGUCCGGCAGGCGAGAGGGCCCAGGAACAGGGCAUUCAGGGAUGUGUGUCUUCGAAGCAAUGUGGGACCUAGGUGGGGCAGGGACAUCGGCUCCAGCCUUUGAAAGCCAGAGAGAGAUUGCCGGUUCAGGCCAGGACUGCCUGGGGACUCCUCCAAGUAUUCCAAGACAUGAGACCUCGUCUGCGUAUUGUAUGACCCCAGGAAAACUGGUUCAGAACAUUCAGCUGGGCCCUGGGGACAGAGGUCAGCCUGGGGUAACAUCAGGCCCAGUGCAGCUCUGGGAGACCUCCUGGAGGGAGGGAGGGACAAAGUAUGAGGGGGGGCAGCCGGACCAACCCCCCACCCCCCGGGUUGCAGAUUCUCAGCCCUGGCUGGGGCAGGGUCCCCGCCUGGGACUCAACAUUUCUGAUAAGCCUUAAAUUGUUCCCUUUUUUAUAGUUGGGUUUGUUUAUUUUUUAAAUAAAAGUGUGGGGAAAGAGA